AUGCAGACCAAACACUUUUUCUCGGACCCGACCCAUCUGGUCCUUACCGCAUUGCAUUCACUCACUCUGACGAACCCGUCUCUGGCUUUUGACCCUGAAAACAAGAUCAUUUUCCGCCGCCCGGAAUCUAUCAAGAAACCAAAGGUUGCCAUCGUUUCCGGCGGAGGUUCUGGUCAUGAGCCGGCCUUUGCUGGCUACGUCGGUCAGGGCUUCCUAGAUGCAUCCGCCGCCGGUACCAUCUUCGCCUCCCCCUCGGCGGAGCAGAUCCGCAAGGCGGUCUUGGAUUGCGUCGACAACGAGAAGGGUGUCCUGAUCAUUCCCAUGAACUACACGGGCGAUGUGUUGAACUUCGGUAUGGCAGCCGAGAAGGCUCGCGCUGCGGGUAUCAAGACUGAAUUCUUCGCCAUCAACGACGACGCCGGUGUCGGCAAGAAAAAGGGCGGAAAGGUCGGCCGACGUGGUAUUGGCGGUGGAAUUCUGAUCUUGAAGAUCGUCAGUGCUUUGGCAGAGGCUGGGGCUUCCCUGGAUGAGGUUUACGCCACCGCUCAGCUGGCAAACGACCACCUUGCAUCCGUGGGCUCUUCGUUGGAGCAUGUUCACAUCCCCGGUAGAGCCAUGCCCGAGGAUGUAAUCCCCGAUGGUGAAGUCGAGGUCGGAAUGGGUAUCCACAACGAACCGGGGUCUCACCGCGUCAAGGCCAAUCUCCCAGAGCUGAUCCAAACCAUGCUCUUCCAAAUCCUAGACCACAACGAUCCCGACCGCGCCUUCCUCACUCAUCAGCCCGGGGAUGAAUUCGUCCUGUUGAUCAACAACCUGGGUGGCGUCAGCCCCCUGGAGCUCGCGGGUAUUACCGAUGAGGUCUACCGUCAGCUCGAGCGGGACCACGAAAUCAAACCUGUCCGAAUCAUUCAGGGAACUUUCUUGACCAGCUUGAACGGACUGGGUUUCAGCAUCUCUCUUCUGAAGCUCGCAGACACCGGACUGGGUGCUGGCAAGUCGUUCUUGGAGCUCCUUGAUGCUCCUGCCGAGGCAGUGGGCUGGUCUGCUCCCAUCCCUUCGUCUACCUGGGCCGCUCACCGAAGCGAUGCUCCCGUAAAACUCAAGGAGACGAAGCUUGCGGCAGAGAAGCCCAGCAACCUAAAGUUGGAUGUAGCCGUUCUCAAGAAGGUUCUCGGCUCCGGUCUCAAGCGUGUCAUCGACGCCGAGCCUUUGGUCACUCGCUACGAUACUAUUGUCGGAGACGGUGACUGCGGUGUCGGCUUGAAGCGUGGCGCAGAGGCCAUCCAGGCCCUGCUCGACAACCCCUCAUCGAACCUUACCGAAGAUGUUGUCAACGCUGUGAACCGCAUCGUCACGGUCGUUGAGAACACCAUGGACGGUACUUCUGGAGCUAUUUACGCGAUCUUCCUGAACGCCCUUGCCCACGGUCUUCGCGAACAGGACACCGGCUCGUUUACUCCCGCCACCGCAGAUGUCUGGGCCAAGGCCCUCAGCCACUCUGUCAACGCUCUUUCAAAGUACACGCCCGCCCAGCCCGGCGACCGUACCCUGGUCGAUGCCCUGGUCCCCUUCUGCAACACCCUUCUCGAGACCAAGGACGUCCGCGCCGCGGCCAAGGCCUCGCACGAGGGCACCGAAUCGACCAAGAGCAUGAAGGCCAGCCUGGGCCGUUCCGUCUACGUCGGCGGCGAAGAAGAAUGGGUCGGCAAGGUCCCUGACCCCGGUGCUUACGGACUCAGCGAGUUCUUGGCCGGUAUUGCCGAUGCGGCUUGA